AGAACUUUUUGAGCGGCCAUUUAGGCAGCUGGGAGGGACAAGGAGUGGGACUUAAAAAUCAAGAACCAUUACAAGUUCACAAAGAUUUUCAGUAGUUUACUGGUCAGUCACUUGGAAACAACAUUAGGGUUAUUACUACAUUAUUAUAUCGACUUUCGCGAUUUGACCCGAAUUAAAGAGGAAGGGAUUCUUACAAGACAAGACACGUGUGUGGCUGGAAAAAAAAACACGACAAUGAAAUGGCUGACUCCCUCACUGUCUCAGGCUUUCCGGAGGCGAUGGUGGAUGGCCGGCACAGCAGUGGUGGAAAACCUGGGAUUUUCAGCUGUCCUUCUUGGUUGGGGAUCUCUGCUCAUUAUGCUGAAGGGCCAGGGCUUUUACUCUCAUCUUUGCUCAGAAAAUGAGACUGAGGUGGCUAACAUCAGUACUAAGGUGCACAAAGUCUGGGUCAGCUGUGUAGAGCAGGAGGAGAUGCUCAAUCUGGGCUUUACUAUUGGCUCCUUCUUGCUCAGUGCUACCACGCUGCCACUCGGCAUCCUCAUGGACCGAUACGGGCCCAGACCUCUGCGCCUGACCGGGAGCGCCUGUUUUGCUCUUUCCUGUGCAAUGAUGUCUAUAUCGGCAUAUCAUCCUCAAGUCCUCUCUGCUCUCAUCUUCCUUGCUCUGUCACUUAAUGGUUUUGGAGGAAUCUGUUUGACCUUCACAUCACUCACGCUGCCCAACAUGUUUGGGAGCCUCAGCUCCACCGUGAUGUCACUGAUGAUCGGCUCUUACGCAUCGUCCGCUGUCACUUUCCCUGGAGUUAAGCUGAUAUAUAAUGCUGGGGUGCCGUUCACAGUGAUCAUGUGGGUUUGGUCUGCUCUUGCCGUCCUGAUCUUUGUCAACUGUUUGCUGAAUUGGCCAGCGGAGUCGUUCCCCACACCCGAGGAGAUGGAGGAGAUGAAGAAGAUGCGCUCAGGUGACGAAUCUCAGAAAUACGCUCUGGAGGAGAAAAAAGAUCAGCUCAAUCAUUCAAGUGACAAAUUGAAUGAUGCGGCCCUUAGUGAACCACCCCCAGUUCCUUUCCGUCGCUCUGUGUUUUCUCCCAUCUUCCUGUGGAGUCUGAUUACCAUGGGGAUGACACAGCUGCGUAUCAUCUUUUACAUGGGGGCCAUGAACAAAUUGCUGGAGUUUAUGGUUACGCAUGGAGAACCUCACCCUUCUAAGAAACUGGAACAUUUAGCUGAAGAGAAAGUAAGCUUUUAUUCAUCUAUUUUCGGAACGCUGCAGCUCCUCUGCCUGGUCACAUGCCCUCUGAUCGGCUACAUCAUGGACUGGAAGAUGAAGGAGUGUGAGGACGAGCAGAGCCCUACAAAGGAAGAGCAAAGCACUUCUGCCUCCAAACCGAAGCGUGACAGAAAGAUCCAGAAACUGACAAACGCCAUUAGAGCCUUCACUUUUACCAACCUGCUGCUCGUCCUGUUUGGCAUCAUGUCGCUCAUUGACAACUUGCCGCUACAGAUCUUGACAUUUAUCUUGCACACCAUGGUCCGAGGUUUCAUCCACUCCUGCUGCGGGGGAUUGUACGCUGCUGUCUAUCCAUCUAAUCACUUUGGCACUCUGACCGGCCUGCAGUCUAUGAUCAGCGCUGUGGUCGCCCUGCUUCAGCAGCCACUCUUCAUUGCGAUGUUGGGACCACUGGAGGGAAACGGGUAUUGGAUCAACUUCGGUCUGCUGAUCUUUUCACUGGCCGGCUUCCUGUUGCCAGGAUACCUGUUUUACCACCGCAGACACCUGGUGCAACAGAAGGCAUUACGGGACAAGGCCUCUUUAGAGACUCAGGCUCUCAGCCACCCAGAAGCCAAUGGCAUUAAUGGACAUGCACACCAGGAGGCCUAGAUCCUCCGAGGAACAAUCACAGGAAUGUUAAUGCUUUUUAUCCCAAAAAAGUGCAAACCUUAAGCAUAAACAUGGCACGUCAGAUUAGAAGCAGUCAUUAUUAGCCUCACAUGGUGGUGCUGAAUUUAGCUUUGCAUGGCGGUGCUGAAUUUUUCAUUAAAGCCAUACAACUUCAUGAGGACAUUACACACACUACUGUGCAAGAUGUUUGAAUAAACAAACUAUUCAAAAUGCCAUAUUGUUUUUUAACCUUGUAUUUAUUUUGUAACUUGAAAUCUAAAGGCUGAAAGCACCCUGUAUACACGCUCUCCUCCACUUGACUUGACUGUAGACAAGCUACCUCAACCGAUCGUGGCCUCUGUCUCGAUGAGCCGAUUAGUCAGUUUGUCUGUGAAAUGCAUGUUGAUGUUCACUAAAGAGCGUGUAUGUAGAUACAUACCAUGAUUUCAUUUUAUUGUCUUUUUGUCAUGAAAAUGAGAUUUAAAUAAACACAUUAAUGCAGCAUUUCAAACACUAAAGCCAGUGGAAAGGGAUCUCAAGUAUAUAUUAAAGGAUCUGUUUUGAAAUGUUAUGUGCAUACCCUAACAUAUUUUGAAUUUUAUUUCGAACAGCCAUGAAUGGAAAUAUAAAAUCUGUGCUAUUAGUUUGUAUUUUUGUCUUCUGUGGAAAGGAAAUUUUCUGUUUUUUUUUUGCAUAUGCAUUGCUACUAUUGUAUUAUUUUAUGCUCAAUAUUUCAGUACGAUAUUCAUUCUAUUUACUUUUGCUUGCUUGUGUGAUAUCAGCGGUAGACAAAUCAUACAGAAUCCUUCAAUAAUCAGAGGUCAAAGUGAUGAAGAUGUUUCCCUUUUCUGGGGGAUUUUUGCCUUUACGGCCAAAUUUUACUUUGUUCAGUCUGUUACGUGUCUUUGUGUGGAACCUGUGCCUUAUAAAAUUAUACCUCUGAAUGUACAACAUGGUUCACGGAUGCAACCAAAGCUAUUUCAGCCUCCUUAUGGAGGUCACUAAAGCCAUAGAUAAUGUAGAUUUCAGGAAAUGUAAUGAAAAGUUACAAAUAAAAAGUUGUGCAGAAGGA